AUGAAAUUUUCUAGUGUUAAUUUGGAAUUUAAUCGAGCCCAUCAUGGAGAAGUGAAGAAGAAUGCGGCAGCGACUGCAGCAGCAAAAACAGAGGAGACAGCCUUCAAUGUAGUUGCGCCACUGGCGUCGGCGGCGGGUGCCUCAGCAGGUGUAGCAGCGGCGGGAGCGGUAGAGGUAGUGGGUGUGGUAGCAGUUUCACUGUCGGGAGAUGGUGGUGAUGCGGGUUCCUCUUCAGGAGUUUCCGCACUUGAAGUUGGAGAAGAGGAGGAAGGGACAGAACCGGAAUUUGAAGAUUUAGGAGAUGAUGCUGAUGAUGAUGAUGGGGAUGACGAUGAUGAUGAUGAUGGGGUACUUGCCUUAGGAGAUGAGUCAGAGGAUGAUGGGGUGGUGGCUGCGGCAGCAGGUGCAUUGGCACUACUGCUGUUUGGUGAAGCUGCUGCUGGAGUAGAUGUAGAUGGUGAUGAUGCGGGUGAUGUUGCUGAUGUGGAUGGUGAUGUUGCGGGGGAUGUUGAUGGCGAUGUUGCUGAUGGGGUUGAAGACGGGGAUGCAGCAGGGGAGCUGCUUGGGGAAUUAUCUGCCGAAGCAAAUCCAGCAAUGGCAACAAAUACCAGAGCCAAAACAAUAACUUGACGAGCCAUUUUUACUUUUUUUUUGGGUAUU